ACUGCGCUCUCAAAAUGUUACGCUAGAAACACAUCUGCCUUUCCAAAAGGGUUUUGCAUACAAAGUUUAUUCGCCAAAUAAAGUUUAUUUGGCAAAUAAAACAACCCACUCAGAGCACAGAUUUAGCUUUAGAUCAAGAAAUCCUCCAACACAGCUGUGGUUUCGCUAGCCGGUGUGCUAGCCUUCACCUCAGCUCUCAGAAAUGUCGAAUAUCUCCAACGAAGCUGUGAUCUUGAUUAAAGAUGUAAAGCCCGGAUCGAAAAACCUUAAUAUCGUCUUUAUAGUGUUGGAAAUCGGUCGGGUGACGAAGACAAAGGACGGGCACGAGGUGCGCUCGUGCAGAGUGGCGGAUAAGAGCGGCAGCAUCGCCAUCUCUGUGUGGGAUGAGCUGGGCAGCCUCAUCCAGCCAGGGGACAUCAUCCGCCUUACGAGAGGGUAUGCUUCAAUCUGGAAGGGGUGCCUUACACUGUACACUGGAAGAGGAGGAGACUUACAAAAAAUAGGAGAGUUCUGUAUGGUGUAUUCUGAGGUUCCUAAUUUCAGUGAGCCAAAUCCAGAGCUGCUAGCACAAGCUAACCAGCAGAACAAGACGGGUAAAGAACAGCGUGGAAAUUCUCCACCGAAUCAAAAUGCAGGUACUCCUGUGCAGACAGGAAAUGGUACUGGGCCAGUAUUUCCCAAUAACAGUACUGCACCUGUGCCUCGGGAUCCCAACUUUGGGGCUCAAGGAAGACCAAACGGACGUGUUCCAGGCAAUGGACCACCCCCAGUAACUGCAGGGGGACCCCCUGUGCCCCCCAAACCCACAGUGACCAUUAGCAAUGGCAGGGACCCAAGAAGGGCUUCAAAGAGAUGAGACUGCAAAACCACUCAUCCCUAAAAUCCUUCCACAAACCAUCCUUACAAUACAAAACAAUACUGCCAAUCUAAAGAUACGAGGUUUAAUGCUACUGUUUUGCCACCUGUGCUUUUGCUUUGUCAUUUGCCAAUAUUUGCAUAAUAUGAUUAUAACAACAGGUUAGAACAACUUGUUACAGUUAAAGUUUGGCAUACUCUCUUUCCCGUUAAGUGCCAGUUCAGUGGCCCACCAUUUAUUUCCUUUCCCUAAAUGUGUUGUUAAACUAUACACCGUACUUGAACACUCGAUGCACUUUCUUCUCUUAAUUUAUAGUGAAUGCAUUGUCAUGUGAUUCAGGAAUGAUUAACUGCUGUUGCAAAUUGGGGAAAGAACUUUAAAGUGACUGAUGACUAAACGGGUUCUUCCCCCUCCUCUUUGGCCAAAAACAAAAAAAAAAAAAUACCAGAAGUGACCGUGUGAAAGGAAAGGUGAUAGUUUGAUUGGACGCUUAGGAUUAUUUAAUUAGGAAUAAAUGAACAAAAUGUUGGGAAAUUGA